UCCGCCUCCUCGCCUCCCUCUAGGUGCCUACCGCAUGCCGGGCAUUCUCGCUGCGCUUCUUCUUUAAGUUAGCGAACUGGCCGUCUAGUCGUGGUGGGAAAGGAAAAGUCGGAAGAGAAGAAGUCAAGGAAGAAUUCUGGGGGAUGGGGUUGCGUGACUAGACUACUUUUGUCUCCCAUGGGGUACAGCUGAGGCUUCCCUUGGCGUCAUUGUCGGUACGCUCGCAGAGCAUCGUGGGUAGGAGGGAGAUUCGGUCUCCCAGCUCGGAAAGAUGGCGGACGCUUUCGGGGAUGAGCUCUUCAGCGUGUUUGAGGACGACUCGGCCACCGCACCCGGAACUAAAAACGACGGAGAGAAGGAGAAGGGGAAAUGGAAGGGGCCGCCAGGGUCUGCAGAAAAGGGCGGGAAACGGUUUGAUGGUAAAUUACAAUCGGAGUCAACUAAUACUGCAAAAACCAAGAGAGAUGCAGAUUUUGAGGGCACAGAUGAACCCAUAUUUGGAAAGAAGCCUAGGGUGGAAGAAUCAAUAAAUGAAGAUUUAAGUUUGGCUGAUUUGAUGCCCAGAGUCAAGGUACAAUCAGUUGAAACUGUUGAAGGGUGUACACAUGAGGUUGCACUUCCUGCAGAUGAAGAUUAUUUACCACUUAAACCUCGAGUUGGAAAAGCUGCAAAGGAAUACCCGUUCAUUCUUGAUGCUUUUCAAAGAGAAGCCAUUCAGUGUGUUGAUAAUAAUCAGUCUGUUUUAGUAUCUGCACAUACAUCAGCAGGAAAAACUGUAUGCGCUGAGUAUGCCAUUGCAUUGGCCUUAAGGGAAAAACAGCGUGUAAUAUUCACCAGCCCAAUUAAGGCUCUGAGUAACCAGAAAUACCGAGAAAUGUAUGAAGAGUUUCAAGAUGUUGGUUUGAUGACUGGAGAUGUUACUAUUAAUCCUACAGCAUCUUGUCUUGUUAUGACCACAGAGAUUUUGAGAAGUAUGCUGUACAGAGGUUCUGAAGUUAUGCGAGAAGUUGCUUGGGUCAUAUUUGAUGAAAUUCAUUACAUGAGAGAUUCAGAGCGUGGUGUUGUAUGGGAAGAAACUAUUAUUUUGCUUCCUGACAAUGUCCACUAUGUCUUUCUUUCGGCUACUAUUCCAAAUGCCCGACAGUUUGCUGAAUGGAUUUGCCAUUUACAUAAACAGCCUUGUCAUGUAAUUUACACAGAUUAUCGGCCUACACCACUGCAGCACUACAUUUUUCCAGCAGGGGGAGAUGGCCUGCACCUUGUGGUUGAUGAAAAUGGUGACUUCAGAGAAGAUAAUUUUAAUACUGCAAUGCAAGUACUUCGAGAUGCUGGUGAUUUGGCAAAAGGAGAUCAGAAGGGGCGAAAAGGAGGAACAAAAGGACCAUCAAAUGUGUUCAAGAUUGUGAAGAUGAUUAUGGAAAGAAAUUUUCAACCUGUAAUUAUUUUCAGCUUUAGUAAGAAGGAUUGUGAAGCCUAUGCUCUUCAGAUGACCAAAUUAGAUUUUAACACAGAUGAAGAAAAGAAGAUGGUUGAAGAAGUAUUCAGUAAUGCCAUUGACUGCUUGUCUGAUGAAGAUAAAAAACUCCCUCAGGUCGAACAUGUACUUCCUCUUUUGAAGCGGGGAAUUGGUAUUCACCAUGGUGGCUUACUUCCUAUUUUGAAAGAAACUAUAGAAAUUCUUUUUUCUGAAGGAUUGAUAAAGGCCUUAUUUGCCACAGAGACUUUUGCCAUGGGAAUUAAUAUGCCAGCUAGAACUGUUUUAUUUACAAAUGCCCGAAAAUUUGAUGGGAAAGAUUUCCGAUGGAUUUCCUCUGGUGAAUACAUUCAGAUGUCUGGUCGAGCUGGAAGGAGGGGAAUGGAUGAUAGAGGAAUUGUGAUUCUUAUGGUGGAUGAAAAGAUGAGCCCAACGAUUGGAAAACAGCUACUUAAGGGCUCAGCUGAUCCUCUAAAUAGUGCUUUCCAUUUGACCUACAACAUGGUUUUGAACUUGCUACGUGUAGAAGAAAUUAAUCCUGAGUACAUGUUGGAAAAGUCCUUUUACCAGUUUCAACAUUAUAGAGCAAUUCCAGGAGUAGUAGAGAAGGUAAAGAACUCAGAAGAACAGUAUAAUAAAAUAGUAAUACCAAAUGAGGAAAGUGUUGUCAUCUAUUAUAAGAUUAGACAGCAGCUUGCCAAACUGGGUAAAGAAAUUGAAGAAUAUAUUCACAAACCAAAAUACUGCUUACCAUUUCUACAGCCAGGUCGUUUGGUAAAGGUAAAGAAUGAAGGAGAUGAUUUUGGCUGGGGAGUAGUGGUAAAUUUCUCCAAAAAGUCAAAUGUCAAGCCUAAUUCUGGUGAACUGGAUCCUUUAUAUGUAGUAGAAGUACUUCUGCGCUGUAGCAAAGAAAGUUUGAAAAAUUCAGCUACUGAGGCUGCAAAACCAGCUAAGCCUGAUGAGAAAGGAGAGAUGCAGGUUGUUCCAGUUUUGGUGCACCUCCUGUCUGCUAUCAGCAGUGUUAGGCUUUAUAUUCCUAAAGACCUUCGGCCAGUGGAUAAUAGACAGAGUGUUUUAAAGUCAAUACAGGAAGUUCAGAAACGUUUUCCGGAUGGUGUUCCCUUAUUAGAUCCUAUUGAUGAUAUGGGCAUUCAAGAUCAAGGGCUGAAAAAAGUCAUCCAGAAAGUAGAGGCUUUUGAACAUAGAAUGUAUUCUCAUCCACUUCACAAUGAUCCAAAUUUGGAAACAGUGUAUACUCUUUGUGAAAAAAAAGCACAGAUUGCAAUAGAUAUUAAAUCUGCAAAGCGAGAACUAAAGAAAGCAAGAACUGUCCUACAAAUGGAUGAGCUCAAAUGCCGCAAACGUGUUUUAAGGAGGUUGGGAUUUGCUACUUCUUCUGAUGUCAUAGAGAUGAAAGGACGAGUGGCUUGUGAGAUAAGCAGUGCUGAUGAACUCCUUCUAACUGAGAUGAUGUUUAAUGGCCUUUUCAAUGACCUGUCUGCAGAACAGGCAACGGCACUACUAAGCUGCUUCGUGUUUCAAGAGAAUUCAAGUGAGAUGCCCAAAUUAACUGAGCAGUUAGCAGGACCACUUCGUCAAAUGCAGGAAUGUGCUAAAAGAAUUGCAAAAGUUUCAGCAGAAGCCAAAUUGGAAAUUGAUGAGGAAACUUAUCUAAGCUCAUUCAAACCUCACUUAAUGGAUGUAGUGUAUACCUGGGCAACGGGAGCAACAUUUGCUCAUAUCUGCAAGAUGACAGAUGUCUUUGAAGGCAGCAUAAUUCGUUGUAUGAGGCGCCUGGAAGAACUGCUUAGACAGAUGUGUCAAGCAGCAAAAGCCAUUGGAAAUACUGAGCUGGAAAACAAAUUUGCAGAAGGAAUCACCAAAAUCAAGAGAGAUAUUGUAUUUGCUGCCAGCCUCUACUUGUAAAAAGAGCCAGUGAAAUGAAUGUGGGAUUUUAAAGUUUUCACCACCUGAUUACAGCUGACUACAUACAAAUGCUUACACAAGUAUUGAUUUGGUUCUUUCAUCUCAAGGCAGUCGUUCAAACAUUUUAAUACGUAUUAUGUUUAAAUCAGGCAUCAUGCUAAGAAAGCAUACAUUACAUACACAUUUGUACAUAAGCAUUACAUUUUUUUAAUAAAAAAAUGUACAGGUGGGCAUUGUUUUAGUGAAAGGCUUAAAGUUUUUUAAAUGAAUUCAGAGCUAUUAGAUAACCACUGUGUUAAAGGGAACUAUAUACACACAGGUAAAGUGGGCAUCCAAGAGGUAUAGCAGCAGCAGUCCCUUAAAGGCUUGUACACCAUGAAGAAAACGCAUCCUCUUGCCUUCUGGUUGCAAUCAUUUUCCUUUAGAAAGCGGGCCAGCUUGAUCUGAGCACUCUGCUACCUUCAAGGUUGGUGAUUGUUCCUAUAGUGAUUGCUUGUGGUUGGUGUUUCAUGCAGAGUUGUAUGAGAGUCCUCCUCUUUCCUUUCUUUAAAAGGAGAAUUUCUCUCCCUGAAGAAAUCUGAUACAUACACUACCUAUAGAGAACAAAUUCUACUUAGAAUGGGACAAAAGUAUUUAAUGAUGUAAUUUAAUUUUAAAAACCAUAUACAUAGUUGUAACAGUUUGCAAAAAAUAAAUAUAAACAAAAGGGGUAUGUUAAAGGGUACAGAAAAUUAGUGACCAACAGGAAGUUUUAAUGUUAAAGGAAAUUCUUCUAAAAUUCGGAGUUGCUUAGUUAGGUCUUAAGUACAGCUUUACUCUGUUAGCACUUAAGGUAUUCUUCAGUUCAUACAAAAAAAACCCAAAACGCCGUAGGCAUAGCCUUUUACAAAACUACAAGGAGUAGUAAGUUUUUAUAACUUUUAGGAAAAGCAGCAUAGUUUAUUAUCUGCUGUCUAUCCUAACAUGACUUAGUAACAUCGGUGUUCUUAGUAAAAAUUACUAAGCCACAGUAUCUUCCUUUGUAUAGUUUUUUUCAAUAGCACAUGUUUUCUACUUAUUUAUCCCAGUGUUUAUCAGUAUCAACAUAUAGGCUGCCGUCCUGUAUACUUACAACUAAUAUUGCCACCAGAGCUCCUUGAAUGAGUCCAGUUAGUACAUCACUCCAAUGGUGCUUGUAGUCAGAAACUCGAGAAAGACCCACAUAAAUGGAUACAGCAACAAGACCAAAUUGCAGUGUGGGGCGUAAGAGUCUUGCCCAGUCUCCCUUCAUCCUGGCUUGAAGGUAAAGCUAAUAGAAAAGAUAAGAAUAAAGAGUUUAAGAUACCAACUAGAAACUUUAGUAUCACCACACCCCUAAAGUGUUGGUGUUUGAAAUGAUUAAUAGUCAUUAAAUGUUAAUAGUCAUUACCAUUAAUAACCACUGAAUAAUCAGAGUAUAAAUUAUAUAUGGAAUAGGGCUUUAGGCAAGCAUUCUUAUGCUCAUUAACACCUGAAAAGUUAAUCUUUUUAAAAACCAAAACAGGGGCGCCUGGGUGGCUCAGUCUGUUAAGUCUGACUUCAGCUCAGGUCAUGAUCUCGUGGUUCAUGAGUUCAGGCCCCCAUCAGGCUUUGUGCUGACAGCUCAGAGCCUGGAGCCUGCUUUGGAUUCUGUGUCUCCCUCUCUGUGCCCCUCCCCUGUUCACGCUCUCUCUCAAAAAUAAACAUUUAAAAAGUUUGUUUUUAAAAAAGCAAAACAAAAAGUGCCCAAGAAACUUGACUUUUAGAAGAGUUUAUUACUGUAUCUAGACUACUUUUGAAAUUGUAAAAAAGACAAUUGUUGACAGCGCCUCUUCCUGUGUUUUGUGUUGUAAUUCUGAUUAAGAGGCAACUGUUAUCAUUAGUUCCAAGUCUUGGGAUAAACUGCUAGCAUUCUGAACACAAGGUUGUCCUUAUUCUGGGCCAACCUACUAAGUUUUCUGCCCUGUUUAUCUAGGGACUAAGUUUAAUUCAUUCAAACAGUUUACUUGACAGUUCCACAAUCCUCAGGUUACUUUAAAGGAUAACGAAGAAUAAAUAAUCUGUAUUUAUAAUACAGUAAUCUGCCUAAAUAAGUACAGGUUCUCUGAUCCAACAAUGAAAUACGUUUUCUGAUUAGCACCUAUACACCCUUUUAGUUCCAUGACUUUACACUAAUCAGGUGAGAAUUUCCCCUCUUCUCUGUCAGCCUGCCUUUGACUUUGGGUGCAUCCCUAAAGACUUGACCCCCUUUAAGCAAAUCUGGUCUCUCUUUUUGAAAAAAAUUUUUUGCCUUAUUUCUAUCUAGUAAGAAUAUGCCUUCAAAGUAUAUUUCAAAAAUUCUGUUUGAUAAUUUGUGAUUCAUACACUUAAUCAAAUGCAUUCCUCAGAAAACAAUGUAUGUUGGCUGUGUGCAUUGGCACUGCCUAUUUGAAAUACACACACAAUCCAUUCCCAGCUCUUUGACCACUGCUGUGAGCAUUCAGUUCUCAGCAGCUGGCAAAGACUCAGAGGUUAUCUAAUUUUAUCAAGUUUUUUACAUGGUUGUACAACAUGGUUGUAAAAGAACAUGAGUUGUUCAACUGAAUUGCACUCAUUAGCUGGUUUAAAGUCCUACU